AUGGGACUCCAAAAACCUGCAUGGUUGGAAGCUCUUUAUGCACAGAAGUUCUUUGUGGGGUGCUCUCAUCAUGAGAAUGCAAAGAAGAAUGAGAAGAACAUAUGCUGCUUAGACUGCUGCACCAGUAUUUGUCCCCACUGCUUACCCUCCCAUCGCUUCCAUAGGCUUCUUCAGGUUCGCCGUUACGUUUAUCAUGAUGUUGUCAGAUUAGAAGAUCUGCAGAAACUCAUAGAUUGCUCCAACGUGCAGGCUUAUACCAUCAAUAGUGCCAAGGUGGUGUUCAUCAAGAAGAGACCCCAAAAUCGGCAAUUCAAGGGGUCUGGAAACUACUGCACUUCCUGUGAUAGAAGUCUCCAAGAACCUUUUAUCCAUUGCUCUCUUGGAUGCAAGGUGGAUUUUGUGCUGAAACACUACAAGGACCUCUCUCCCUACUUGAGAACAUGCAAGUCUUUGCAGCUAAGUCCUGAUUUUCUGAUCCCACAAGAGAAUGGUGAUGAUGAAAUGACUCGUUCAACCAUUGUGGAUUGUGAUGAGCCAAUGAGUUCAUCUUCAGGGUCAGAGAAUAUGAGCAUGGCUUGCACGGAGAUUGUAAGGAAGAAACGUAGUGGGUGGAGUGUGUGUGCAAGAUCAAUGACCACCAAGGUUUCUGAUGAAGACAUGGCCACUAGCAUGAGUAGAAGAAAGGGAAUCCCUCAUAGAUCUCCUUUGUGUUAG